AUGGCUAUUCUUAACGAGCUCAAAUGUCUCGAUGGUGUUGCUAAUGUUUUCGUAACGUCAAGACCUUUGCCGUCCAUCGCUGAAAACUUCAUUGGGAAACCACAACUUUCGAUCCGGGCAGACGACAAGGACAUGAGGAAAUACAUCCCAUCAAGAUUGCACAAAGAACCAACCCUAUCCUCUUUUCUUACUGCUGAGCAGAAUCUGGCAGAAGAGAUUGAAAACGCGAUUGUAGGAAAAGUGCAAGGCAUAUUCCUCUUGGCAGAAUUGCAUCUCAACUCUCUGGCCUCGUAUGACAAUCGCCGUCAGUUGAAGAAAGCCCUUACCAUGCUCCCAAUCGAUUAUAAUUCGACUUUUGACGAUGCUAUCACCCGAAUUAGACAGCAGUCGACAUACACAGCGAAACGGGCUAUGCAAGUGCUCUGUUGGAUCACAAAUGCCUAUGAGCCCCUCUCCAUAUCUGAACUACAGCAUGCUCUAGCCGUGGAGAUUGGAGACAAAGAGUUCUACCCCGAUGCAAUCGUAGAGUCCAGCCACCUGAUAUCCAUAUGCUGCGGCCUGGUAGCUGUUGGCGAAGGUAGUAGGCUGAUUCGACUUGUACACUAUACGCUGGAAGAAUAUUUGAGUGAACGGAAGCAUGAACUGUUCCCCGAUUACGCCGACGAAAUGACGAGAGUUUGUCUCACCUACUUGGGAUUUGGAAAUUUCGCGAUGGGUCCAGCACCCGACGAUUCAGCCAUGAAAGCUCGACUAGUAGAGUACAAAUUUUUCGAGUAUGCAGCCACAUCAUGGGGCAAAUAUGCGAGCCAGGCUCAAGAUCCUGAGACCUUGGCGCACAUUUGUGACUUGCUUGGCCAAGAAGGCAAUUGCUCUGCUGCCGUGCAGUGCAUAUCUGUGACACCUGCAGACCAAUCGGAGCGGCAUUGGACUCACUUUGGACUCUGUGAGCUUGCAACAAGUUUGUUACAGGGUGGUGCUAAUGUCGACCACAAGGAUGGAUGGGGUUGGACGCCCUUGUUUGUGGCCACCGACAACGAUCAUAUGGACAUGGUUGAUCUCCUUUUGAAGGCCGGCGCAAGUAUUGACCAUCUCGAGAACAACGGAGACACAGUCGCGAGUGUGGCCGCACGGAGGAACAAUAUUGGUCUUGUCCGCCUUUUGCAUGACAAACCGGCCGAUCUCAAACACAGGAACCACAAGGGAGAAACACUGCUUCAUGAGGCGGCUUGGGGGGACUGCAUCCAAGUCUGUGAAGCACUUCUCUCCUGGGAUUUCGACUUUACCGUCACGGACAGUGCUGGCUGCACUGCGCUGCAUCAAGCAGUCGAAGAAGGGUCAACCGCUGUCUCAGCAAUGCUCCUCGAAAAAGGUCUCAGCCCUAAUCAUCAAGAUAAGUACGGAUACUCGGUCCUCUUCAAGGCGAUUAUGAAAGGCCGCACGGAGAUAGUGAGCCUGCUCAUCAAGCAUGGUACUUCUCCGAACGAAUUCAUAUCGCAUUACCGAACAACGGAGUACGAUAACGAUGCGAAGGUAGGUGGUACAGCUAUAUUACUUGCAUCACAUAGAGGUUCUGAGGACAUCUUUGACCUCCUGGUCGCGCAUGGUGCCGAUGUCACGGCAACAAACACAGAGGGUGUAAUUGUACUGUUUGAGGCCUUGACAUCAGGGUAUGGUUCUUUGGCGGCGAAGAUUAUUAGCCUUCUCUCGAAGACUGGACCUGGGUUCAGAAUCACGGAUGCCAUAAUCGAGGAAGCGGCUAGAGCAGGCAACCUUGACUUGUGGUCGGCUCUGCUGAAUUUGGACAACACAAUUACCGUUGAAGAAGAUGUGAUGCUCAAGUUAACAGGAAGCUUUCACCGUCGCGAGCUCAUCGAACUCUUCUUGACCCGUGGUGUAGCCUUUUCAUUCACAGACAGAGUCUUCGAGUCGAUCUUGGGUGCUUGGGACAGUGAUCGCCUACUUCCAUUGGUCUGCAAGCUCCGCCGUGUACAACUAACGGAUGAUAUCCUCAUAACAGCUCUUAAACACACACACGCAACUAGGAAGGACAAGAUUCUGGAAACAAUUAUGACGCAUGCUAGCUUGCUGGACCUCACCGAUACGGCACUCAGCUUUCUCGCUGUAAACUAUAGUAUCAGGAGAGUCCAGCCAUUGAUGGACAAUGGCUCGAAGAUUUACGUUCGAGCAAAACACAUGGGCUUUCAACCACUCUUCUAUAGUACACCAGAGCUGGAGAACCUCAGACUCUUGGUUGUCCAUCCCGGUGUGGAACUCGACGAAGGUGCCUUCAGAGCAAUCUGUCGCAUGUACAAGUCAGACAUCAUUCAGACGGUACUGCUCUCUUCAAGUGGUUCUCUGAUCACUGAAUCUAUGGUCUAUGCUGUCGCAGCCUUUGGGACGCGAGAUGACGUAGAAAAAACUUUGGAACUGUACACCGGGUCCAUUGACGUGGAAAGGAUCAUGUCUGAAGUCUGCUCAUCGCAACAAAGCCAUCAACUUCACGAAAUAAUGGAUUUUCUCCUUGCGCGAUUCGUUGACUAUCGAGUAUCUGAAGAGGUGUUGAUACUCGCUGCGAAGCAUGAAUUCAAUUUCGAGAAGCUCCUUUCCACGAAUCCGGACUACCUUGUCACUGAAAAGACGCUGCUCGGGCUUAUACCGGGCUGGGAUUCACUUCCACCGUUCCUGUUCGCACCCGAGAGGAAAAUGCGCAUCACUUUGACCGUCGACCUUCUCUCCACAAUGUCUGAUUGGCCAGGCGGGAGCAGUGCUGUGGAUUUAUUGCUCCAGCGGCCAGAUACUGUCGUCGUGGGCGAGUAUGCUGUUAUCAAGCUUGCCCGAAACAAAAGACUGAUCACCGGGCGCUCAGAACAGCACUACAGUGGCUAUCUUUCAUUCGUAUAUAGGGGGCCUCCGACUCACAACCUCGAUGAGCUCAUCGAUCUGAUGGCGGAUAACAUGGAUCCCUCCAUGAUUUCACCUAAUGCCGUCUGCGAAGUUGCACUCACUUUCCCGGAAAAAUACGCAAUAACAAUGUUGGAGAAAGCAGAUUCGAGCUUCAAGGUCACGAAUCGUGUCUUCAAUGCUGUUGCAGCAAAUUGCAGCAAUUUCUCCGUUAAUCGUUUAUUGGACAGACCGCGCCACACCUCGGAACAGUCACCACCCAGUCUUGAUGUUGUCAGUAUUUUUCAGCGACUCGAUUUCGUAACAGUAAGGCGAACACUGAACUAUUUCCCAGAAAUUCCUAUCGAAGCAGAUACCCUUCUCCAUUUGACUCAGAACAAAACUAGAAGUGUACCUGAGUUGUUGAGUUUUCUCUGGAAACACUCCUCGAUAUUCUCCUCGAUAUCGGCGACGAUGGCACCAAAGUUAUUGAGGAGCACGAUGCUGAACUCGACCAUGGCGCUCGGUCUAGCCAAAGUGAUUCUGUCAGAAUGCCCUUCACUGGAGAUCAGUGAGACUGUGUUGAGGAGAGCCGCCAAUCACAAGGAUGCGUUGCAUCUUGUGCAAUUGUUCCGCGACCAUAGCCCUCAGCUCGUGUUGCACGAGAGCACAUUCUGUGCGGCAGCCCGGCAGGGCCGCAACGGGACCAAAAUUCUGCAGGGAUUAUUUUCCCUGGCGCCGAGCCAGCCCGUCACUGAGAGAAUUCUUUUGGCCGUGCUAAAGCGUGCUAAUUGCACCGUUCCUUUCCUGGGAAACUGGGAAGUCAGCAGUACUCUGAUAUACUACGAUGUGGCUACUGCUAAAGACACGCUUCGUUACCUGCUAAACCGUGGACUGAGCUUGGUCCCAGUGGUGACGAAGGCUUUGGCAGUGGCGGCCACACGCUAUCAUUCGACAGAAGACGCACUGCAAAUCCUCUUACGUGGGGUCAGGAGUGUGGACAAGCAAGCAGUAGUAUACAUUCUCAAGCACUGCGGCCUGGACUCCGUCGAAGUGCUGAUUGAAAUAUUGCACGUUCCGGUCUUAUGGUCCCCUCAGCUUUUGAAGAUUAUUUCGAAGAACAAGAACCACAAGAGAGAAAUAAUGAUGGCAUUGCUGAAACGUGAGCGGAAAGCACUCGAUCCCAAGAUAGCCAUACUAGCACCCUGCAUAUUCAGGAGGUUUGACCCCGACAUCGCUCGACUCUUCCUCUACCGCUUCUGGCAAGGCCCACUUACAGGUUCAGUAUUGCACGCGGUAGCAAUGACCAAAUGUUCAACUGUCAAGCUAUUGAGAUCACUUCUCCAAUUUGAUCCGAGCUUGCGUUUCACAUCCAGGGACUUGGCCUCCGCCAUCGCCACAAAGCGUGGUAAGUAUUUUGUGAACUUCAUCCUGUCACAUGGCAAGCCCGGCAUGAUCACGCUCGAUAUAGCGCGCCUUGCGCGCCGUGUGAACCGUGGAGCCAGAUACAGGAGAUCGUGGUAUGAAGAGGAACCGCGCGAGGAUAAGGAUGAUAGUGAGCCAUUGAGUCCGAAGAGACUGCUGGACCUUGUUAAAGACACCCAUCGCAGAGAUGCCAGAUAUACUGUUUUUAGGCUAGAAUAUCCGCCAGGCGCUCGAUAUUUUAGCUAUCUAUCGGACAAACAACCUCUAGAGUCGACUAGUAGCUUGGGCGAGAAGAGUGAUUUCUCUGGCGAGCUAAACCUCCCUCACCUCGAGGCCGGGGUCAACGACAAGGCUGGUAGUGCUGAUGGGCAUGCGGUGCCAGAGCCGGUGGGCACGGAUUGGACAUCUGACGCUUAA